CUAUGACAAGCUUACUGCUUACACAAUCUUAAUAUUCAACGUCAAAUUACUCCCAAUUUAAUUUUCUUCCUACUCACCAACUCAUCUCUCUCUCUCUCCAACUCCUACUCGUUUUCCCGCAAUAUUCAAUUUGUUAAUCAAAUUAGGUCUUCGUUGAUCUUCUUCCAGAUUUCGUCCUGUUCAUUUUGACUCAUAAAGUUUUCAUCUUUCGUAUGUAUAACAUCAUAUUUCUCGUGUGAAAAUUGUGCACUUUUUUUUGUACUUUUAUGUUUUCCUUAAAUCUUAGCAGCAUAUCUACAACUGGGUUUCCAUUAUUCUAAUAUUUAAGAUGAUUUCACAGGAAAAAAAGUGGAGUUUUUCUAGAAUUAAUUUAACUGCAUGAAAAAGUCAGCUACUAUAACCCAAAUGACGAUUAGUUGAAUUAUUAAAUCUUUAUGUGGUGCAGCUAAUAUUUGAAACUUCUUAAAUAUAAACACGUCGUUGAACAAUUUUUGUAAUUUUGGUAUUAGCAUAAAAGGUGUUCGACGAAAUUCCUCAAAGAAGAAAUGAAGUGUUUUUAUUACUUCAAGGAGAAGGCUCGUUCAAGGGGACAUAAAUCAGCCCCAGAAUUGCGAAACCCAGUUUAUAAAUCUGAUAAUUCUGCCCCUGAUUCUAUUGGUGGGUUGAUAAAUUCUACUGGGUCUGAAAUUUUUCAUCGUGGGAUUUCUGAUUUGUAUGAAGAAAAGGCUCCAAAUUUAAGGGUUUUCUCAUUAUCAGAGCUUAGAAUUGCAACAAAUGAUUUCAAUAGGAAGUUGAAGAUUGGUGAAGGUGGAUUUGGUAGUGUUUAUCAAGGGAAAAUUAAGCCAGUUGAUGGGAAAGUUGAGCCUACAUUGGUUGCUAUAAAGAGGCUUAAUAAAGAUGGUUUUCAGGGUCAUAAACAAUGGUUGGCAGAGGUUCAGUUUCUUGGUGUUGUGGAACACCCAAAUCUCGUCAAACUCAUAGGGUACUGUGCUGUGGAUGCAGAAAGAGGGAUACAGAGAUUACUCGUGUAUGAGUACAUGCCAAAUAGAAGUUUGGAAGAUCACCUUUUCACAAAGGCAUCCCCACCUCUUCCUUGGGAGAAAAGAAUGCAGAUUAUUCUUGGAGCUGCUCGAGGAUUGGCUUAUUUACAUGAAGAACUUGAACUGCAGGUAAUAUUUCGUGAUUUCAAGACUUCAAAUGUGUUGUUGGAUGAGAAUUUCCAGGCCAAAUUGUCAGACUUUGGGCUUGCACGAGAAGGUCCAACUCCUGGAAGUAGUCAUGUUUCAACAGCAGUGGUUGGUACAUUUGGCUAUGCUGCUCCUGAUUACAUAGAAACAGGACAUCUCUCAUCGAAAAGCGAUGUAUGGAGUUUUGGUAUUGUGUUGUAUGAGAUUUUAACUGGAAGACGGGCAUUAGAGAGAAGCCUACCAAAAGCUGAACAACAACUGUUAAACUGGGUAAAACAAUUCCCGGCUGAUGGUAAAAAGUUCAAUUUGAUAAUGGAUCCGCGUUUGGAGGACCAGUAUUCUUUGAGUGCAGCUCGAAGAAUUGCAAAAUUAGCAGAGAGUUGUUUAAUGAAGAGUAGCAAAGAGAGGCCAAAUAUGAGUGAGGUGGUCGAGAAGUUGAAGCAAAUAAUGAAGACAACAACAGAUGAGGGAAGUACUAGUAACAGGAGUUGCAGUUCUGGUGAGAAUGAAGAAGGCGAGUCAGAGAAGAAGGGGAAACCAGGAGUUUCAGAAUCUGCUAGAAGACGGUUUGCGCACCUCGCCAAGCUUGGCGAGCAGGUGGAAGGUGUUGGUAAGAGGAGAUUUAUGAUCAUGCAAAGAGCUAAGGUAUCAUGAUUCGACAUACCCCAUACAUGGAGCGAUAGCCCAUACCUGUGUUAUAAAGAGUGGUUUUUUUAACUGAGCUUUUGAUAUUAAGAGUGCUUUGUAAAUCCUGUUGUUAAAGGAGGAUAUGUACAUUGAAGUUUUAGGUUGUUGAGCUAGCUUGUGGAAAGGUGAAUGACAGAAGCUUGAAUGAUGAUUCCAAGUUUUCAGAAGUGUUUACCCAAGCCCGAUCCCGAUCCGAGAAUGUUGGGGUUCAACCAAACGGCACAAGAAGCAACUCAAAGACGAAGCGCAUGCUCCAUAUAAAUGUGCACUUUAUUUGAAAUGAACAUGGUCAUUGUCCAUAUUCAAUAUAUAUAACAUAUCUAUGAGGAAAAUAAGAUGUUCUUUUAUAGCUCAAAUUCAUAUAUGUUCAAUUUAAAA